UGAGUCCAAGUGAAGCACAAGCCAACAGUUAACUUUCUGGAGUUCUUUCUCUCUGUAAGUCACAGCCGGGACUGACUAGACAUAGGUACCUCAUGGAAGAGCGAUGGCAAGGCAAAACAAGAACACCCAUCCAGCCACCAUGUCGCACAUGGGUUCAUCAUCCUCUUUCCGUGCCAGGGUAAAGCAAGGCAGGCGACUCGGAAAGAGAUGGGUGAUAAGGGUGCAAGUGAUGUAGGAGGAGGCAGCCACGGGAUGCGAUGCAACCUUGUUCUUCAGCUCCUUUCCAUUUCCUCCCUCAUUGGGUCUCGUCAGAAGACAGGAAGCAGCGCGCACAUGCCCUGGUAAGCCGUGUCUGUCUUGCCUCCAACCGGACUCAAAAGACGCAUCAUCCCCUUCGUUGUCUGGCCUCUGGUCCCUGGCCUCUUCUCUUUUCUUCUCUUCUUCAUCUCCACCACACUUCAAUCUCUUCUACACCUCUUCACUUCAUCAAGUUGCAGUCUAUUCAUCCCUUCGGGUCACGUUUAUUCAUCUCGUCACGUCUAUUCAUCCCGUCGCCCCUAUUCAUCCCGUCAACCCUAUUCAUCGUAUCACGCUCUCCAUCCCACCAUGUCUCACAUUUGCUACGUCGUCCCUCCCCACCUCCUCAAGGGCAUUGCCGAUGCCGAGUGCAAUAGUGAGAUCGAGCGUCAUGCUGCGAGACGCGCUCUUGAGCUUCGCGACAUCAUCACAACCCGUCGCGCCGAGCGCCUCGCUGUCCUCGGAGGCCCAAGAGCCCAGCGCCACCAACUUUCUUCCCAUUCCCACCCCAUAAUCCCCGACAUCUUGCUCCGCCACAUUGCUGAGUCACCGGACGUCAACGACGACACCAGGUCCAACGCCCGCCGGGAUCUCGAACAUCUGCAAGCCCUCCAGCAGAAAAUUCAUCAGUCUCAGCAAGCGCCUCUCGCUGCCGCCAAAGACUCCAAGGGCCCCGAGGCCAUCACAUACCGCGCCAUCUACGACGCCAAGAACUCCUCCAACGAGCACGACUUGCCCGGCGAUGUUGUUCGUGUCGAAGGCCAGAAGGUUAUCGACGACAAGGCGGCCAACGAUGCCUUUGACAAUGUGGGUGAGGUUCUGAAGAUGUACAAGGACAAGUUCGACUGGGUCUCGAUUGACAACAAGAACAUGAAUGUCAUCAGCUCGGUCCAUUUCGGCGAGCGGUACGAGAACGCAUUCUGGGACCCGGAAAGGAUGCAAAUGGUAUUCGGGGACGGCGGAGAGUUUUUGAACAACUUCACUGGCACCAUCGAUGUCAUCGGCCACGAGCUCGCCCACGCCGUCACAGAACACACCAGUCCCCUGGACUACCAGGGCAUGAGCGGCGCUCUCAACGAGCACAUCUCGGACGUUUUUGGCAUUCUUGUCAAGCAGAUUGCCGAAAACGAGAAGGCUGACGAGGCCGACUGGCUGAUCGGUGAAGGCUGUAUCAUGCCUGGCGUCAAGGGUGUCGCACUUCGGAGCAUGAAAUCGCCUGGAACCGCCUACAAUGACCCUCGCUUUGGCAAAGAUCCCCAACCGGCCCAUUUCAAGGACUACGUCCCAACAUUUGAAGACAAUGGCGGUGUCCACAUCUACUCUGGCAUUCCGAACAGAGCUUUUUACCUCGUGGCCAAGGCUUUUGGCGGUUUCUCGUACGACAAGGCCGGCCCCAUUUGGUGGAAGGCAAUAACGUCGGGGCGAAUUCCUCCCCGUUGUACCUUUCUUCAAUUUGCCGACGUGACGACGGAAAUGGCCGAGGAGACAUAUGGCGAAGAGGCUGGGAAAGUCGUACGGAACGCCUGGGACGAGGUGGGAGUACAGCGAAAGGGCCGCUAGGAGCCGAACUCGCCGCAGGACUGCGAACAAAUGUAAAUAAGUUCAUGACUCGCUAGUAUAUCCUAACGCACUUUUGCAAUUCCAUCUUUAAAUUCUUCCUCAUCUCUUAGUGCUAUAUCCAGUCCCAUCUCCAGUCCCAUCUCAAGUCCUAUCUACAGUCUCAUCUCCAGACUAAUAUCCAGUCCUAUCUUUAAUGCUAUCUUAUGUUCCAUCUCCAGUCCCAUCCUUCAUGCUAUCUUGUGUUCCAUCUUGAGCACUUCUGCUAGGUCUAUCUCCAGCCUAAACCAAAUUCUCUACCUUAACGCCUUAGGAACACCUCCUAAGAACGCUUCUAACUAUUUGUUUACUGAUGAUAAUGGUAAGAUACUGGACUUUCACUGAUUUGAGACAACAUUUUCACAACUGGAGAGAUGCAAGUGCGUUGAAACCGGCAACUUUUAUCUACAGAAUCAGGGUGCGACUGAAGGUCGUCCCUAAUGCCUUGAAAGUAUUUACAAGAAUUCCGUACUUCUUCAUGCUACUCUCCGGCCGAGGCUGUAGAACCUUGCGACCGGCAGCGCGCUCACGGCACUGAUCCUUCCCCUCACCGGCGC